UCCUGGCUUCUCCCCUGCUUGGAGUAGGGAUAACGGGCUUGUGUUCCCUCUGAAUUCAGGAGACGGGUUUCACCCGCACACCGUCUAAGUUUUCUGGAAGGGAAGAAAGAGUUUGGGAGAAAUCAUGGCCAGUAGUGAACCGGGCUCCCAGUCUGAGGAGCAGAGCCCCCAGUCUAGCACCUCAGCACAGUAUCCCCUGGAGGUGGUGGUCGUAGUGAAUCAAGAAACCCCUGGACCAUCAGCCCCCAGGGUAGGCCCCCACUCCCUGCCUCCCUCCCAUGGCUGGAAGAGGAGAAGGGAGGAGUCAGACGAGGAAGAGGAGGAGGAAGAAAAGGAGGAGGAGACAGCCCCACAAGCUGAGGACACCUGGGUCGUGGAUUCACUGUAUGGACUCAAGAUGAAGCUGAAGAGACGGCGGGUGUCUUCAGUGUUGACUGAGCACCACGAGGUCUUCACCAGGCUGCUGGAAGAUCCUGUGAUCAAAAAGUUCCUGGCCUGGGACAAACACCUGAGACUGUCUGACAAGUACCUCCUGUCCAUGGUCAUAGCUUAUUUUAGCCGAGCUGGUCUUUUCUCCUGGCAGUACCAGCAAAUCCAUUUCUUCAUAGCGCUCUACCUGGCCAGUGACAUGGAAGAGGACAACCAGGCCCCCAAGCAGGCCAUCUUUUCCUUCCUGUACGGGAGGAACCGCUUCCAGCGUCCCUUGUUUCACAAACUCCGAUUCCAAUUCCUCCGCUCUAUGCGCUGGAGGACCAGGGUGACCCGGGAAGAGUGUGAGGAGAUUCAGGCUUUUGACCCGGAGCUGUGGGUGUGGGGGCGGGAUCGCACCCUGCUGCCCGAGGAGAGUGCCAGGACCAUGGAGGCCUGA